CAAUCUGACGUAUAAAAUAACAAAACCGGCUAUAUUGAUUUCGAUUUCCAAAACAGGAACAAUAUUAUGAUUGGGGGAAAGUUCUCUGUGUGCGUAAACUGUGGACACAGAGUGCGGGAGCUAUGCAAGAAAUAUAGCAACACUCUAAAAACUACCAACUGCGAGAAAUGCCACCAUGUCACAGAUAAAUACAUCGAGUUUGAGGAAUUUAUCAUCCUAAUAGAUGCGCUUCUUUUGGAUAAGUGUGCCUUUCGCCAUAUAAUAUAUAAUGGCGACUUUAAGCUGUAUUGGAAAGUCUCUCUGGUGGUGUUGCUCUUGGAGUCUUUUGCACUGUGCCGCCAAAAGCUUAGCGAUCCCGCCAAUGAUGCCUUAAACGUCCACGAGAAGGGGUUCUACACGUACACGCUGCAUAACUUAGGUGACUAUCUACUUAUAACCUGCUUUCUGCUGCUACUUACAGCAGCACUUGGCAAUGAUCAGAUCAAGAAAAUGGGUGUUCGCAAUUUUACCUUGACCAUAAUCAAGGUCGUUGUCAUUUCCAACUUGUCCAAGUUUUUCUUGCUACCCAUUUUGGUGUGGCGCAAUAAUACGACAGUGUUUGGACGUAGCGUGCACUAUGUGUUGGUCAUGGGCCACCAUCUAUGUUCGCUGGUUCUUGCCUACGAGGCUGUCGGUUCUGUCAAGAGUCGCCUUCGAUGGCUGUCCAUUGCACUGGUGAUCCUUGCAUUUGUCCUAAAAGAAUACAUCAGACAUUAUGCUGCUUUCCAGCUCCAAUUACAUUUAACGUAACGAUUAAAUAUAUUUUAGUUUGAUACCAAAAAAUGCCUCCCGAGAGGUUUGUGCCUCAAGUUUUGGGCUGUGUGUGAUAAUAAAUAUUAAAAUAAGGUAUUCAUAGCUGAGUGUUCUCCGGCUCAAGUUGCAAAACUGAUCCAGCUAGAAAAGAUUCGCGUGAGAGAUAACUUUCGUGUACAUUAAACUUCUGCUUUUGGGGCAUUCCCACAUCAAAUUGCUUCCAAGAUCUCCCACAUGAAUGAUGCAUAUUGAAUAAUGAAUUUUUUUCGUGCCACCCUCUAAAUGGACACAAG